AUGCACAGUCGACAUGUCUCUAAUGGUGGAUCCUGGUUUUCCCAACAUGGCGAGAAACUCAAGCAAGUGACCAAGGAGUACGGUCAAGUCGCUGUGGUGUUUCAUUCGACCGUGUUCCUCGCGACCCUUGGCUCCGCGUAUGCAAGUAUUCGCAUGGGCGUCGACAUUCGACAUGUCAAAGUGCCAUUUAUCAACCUCGAGGACAUCAAUCCAGACGCAGGAUCGUUUCUCCUUGCGUACUUGGCCACCCUCGCAACAGGUCCGCUCCGCGGCGGCAUCACGAUCGUAUCGACACCAUGGAUCGCCCGCAUGUUGCGAAAGCACUGGUAG